CUUCCGUUAGGGCGCUUCCUUUUCCUUUGCUUACCGGCGUAUGAUUGGCUACCAAGCGUUCCUUCCUUCUUUUCUCCCUUUCCGGCAGCAGGAGAAGCCGCCAAGAUGAAUGAUACAGUAACCAUCAGAACGAGGAAGUUCAUGACAAACCGGCUGCUUCAGCGUAAGCAGAUGGUAAUUGAUGUUCUUCAUCCUGGAAAAGCCACUGUACCCAAAACAGAAAUCCGUGAAAAGUUGGCGAAAAUGUAUAAGACAACACCCGAUGUCAUUUUUGUCUUUGGCUUCAGGACCCACUUUGGUGGUGGGAAGACCACAGGCUUUGGCAUGAUCUAUGACUCUCUAGACUAUGCAAAGAAAAAUGAACCAAAGCAUAGGCUGGCCAGGCACGGCUUGUAUGAAAAGAAAAAGACAUCAAGGAAGCAGCGCAAAGAGCGUAAGAAUAGGAUGAAGAAGGUCAGAGGUACCGCAAAAGCAAAUGUGGGGGCUGGCAAGAAGAAAUGAGGUGUUUGUGAGCCAGUCAGGGAACAAAACAGGGGAACUAAAAUAACACAGCAUAUCUAUGAAGGUUAUACUGCUGAGUGCUAUGAAUAAAUUUCUAUAAAACUAAAA